AUGGAGAGGGGAAAUCACACAGUGACUGAGUUCAUCUUGCUGGGCUUCUCAACCAACCCUGUGAUGCAAAUGAUCCUCUUUGUCCCGUUCCUUGGAGUGUAUUCUCUGACAUUGGUUGGAAACACUACCCUCAUCAUACUGAUCUGCAAUGACUCCAGACUCCACACUCCCAUGUAUUUUUUCAUUGGAAAUCUGUCUUUUCUGGAUCUCUGGUAUUCCUCUGUCUACACUCCAAAGAUCCUAGUGACAUGCAUUUCUGAAGACAAAAGCAUCUCCUUUGCUGGAUGUCUGUCUCAGUUCUUCUUCUCUGCUGGAUUGGCCUAUAGUGAGUGCUACCUCCUGGCUGCCAUGGCUUAUGAUCGCUAUGCAGCCAUCUCCAAUCCCCUACUUUAUGCUCAAGCUAUGUCAAAGAAGGUGUGCAGCUCCUUGGUUAUAUAUUCCUAUACAGGAGGAUUUGUCAAUGCAAUUAUAUUAACUAGCAACACAUUCACAUUGGAUUUCUGUGGUGACAAUAUCAUCGAUGACUUUUUCUGUGAUGUACCUCCUCUCAUAAAGCUGGCAUGCGACGUCAGGGAGAGUUACCAGUCUGUGCUGUACUUCCUCCUAGCCUCCAAUGUCAUUACUCCCACCCUGCUCAUCUUGGCCUCUUACAUCUUCAUCAUUGCUGCCAUCCUGAGGAUCCGCUCCACCCAAGGACGCCUCAAGGCCUUCUCCACCUGCUCCUCACACCUCAUCUCUGUGACCUUGUACUAUGGCUCCAUUCUCUACAUCUACUCUCGCCCAAGCUCCAGUUACUCCUUACAGAGGGACAAAAUGGUUUCGACCUUUUAUACUGUGUUGUUCCCCAUGUUGAACCCCAUGAUCUACAGUCUGAGGAAUAAAGACGUGAAGGAAGCACUGAGAAAACUCUUCAAGUUAGCUCCUUCUGACAUCUAA